AUGUUUGCAAGUACAGUUCCGAUGACACAGCCUUCCGGCAGUGUUGUUGUGAAACAGGAGUACAACUUGCAGAACGUGCAAUACAAGUGCUACUUCUGCAGUGGUCGGAACCACAUCACUCGGUACUGCAGUCAUCACCGAGAGUACAUUAUGAGCGGAAGAGUGAUUGAGACAGACAGUAAGGUAUUCAUGCCAGACAGUAGCAGGAUUCCUGGCAGAAGAGAAGAUGGAAUGAUGAAGCAACAAAUUGACAUGUUCGCCGGUCAAUUGCCAGCAACAGGAGCUAAUGCUAUUCAGGUCCAGGCAGGGUUAUAUUGCCGUGCAGCUCCAGACAUUGAGAUAGUUGGGGAAAUUGACUCAUCCGCAUUCAUGCACACCCACAGCGAACCACCAGAAGAUGAGGAAGAAUUUGAGCACUUAGAAAGGAUCCGACUAGCGAACCAAGAAUAUGCGGUGUUCACCGCCAAGCGCGCGAAGAAGACAAACAAAGGUAAAGGUGUAUGGUUCGAUGGCAUCAAUGUAUCAUCACGCCAGAAGCCAGGUCCGUCGUCAAAAACCUCAGAACAAACAGAGGAGAUUGUAUCUCUGCAAGUGAAAGAGGCAAAGACCUGGAAAGCACCGAACCCCGGAAUCUCUGUCUUAAAACCAGCUACUAAGGCACCAACCGCAACUCCGGCCACUGCCGCGUCAUCAUUGCAAGCACCACAAUAUUGCUAUGUGUUCCUGCUAGAAGACAAGGAUGCAGAAAAGAGGGUCAUUGAUAAGAUUCUGGAUACAGACGUAAGUUUGCCAAUAAGGGACAUCAUUGCAGCUUUGCCAGAUAUCCGGAAGGCAAUAAAAGACCUUACAAUGUCUAAAUGA